GCCUUCUUUUCUUUUUCUGCUGCCUUCAUUGUCUUUUCUUUUCUGGCCGAUUGUUAUACUCACCCUCUACUACACUCCUGCUACGUUCCCCUUGCAUAUACCUCUCUGUACCAGACGCCUCUCCCAGUGAGAGUGCACCUGCUGCUGCAUUUCCACCGUUUGAGGGACUCUGAUGCCCUCAAUUGCUGCCUCUACUUCCCCAUGAUUGACUCACGGGCGGUACCACUUCGAUCAUGGCUGACUCCAUCUCCCACGGCAGGAUCGUGCCCAUCAUGUCUCCGGCAAGAUUAACUUCUCAGCCGGGAGGCAAGGGGUCCGGGAAGCAGGCUGGGGGAGCAAAGAUGCUGCAGGAGGACGACCUGCACAUCGAGUGCCUGAAGGAGCGGCGGCUCUACGCCGUACCAACCCCGGGAGACGGCAAUUGCCUUUUUUACUCCCUUUCCGACCAGCUCUACGGUCACCAGGGCCGGCAAGGAGAAAUCCGGGAACGACUGGUCGAACACAUCCGCACAAACGCGGCAUACUUUGUGCAGUUUGUGCCGGAUGUAGGAGGGGAGAGGAGAGCUCCCAGGCGAGCAGCAGCUGCCCGGUCCAAAUCACAGUCAUACAGUGACCGGGCAGCGACCUCGGAGGGCCAGUGGGCCAAAUUCGAGAAGCUGCUCACGCAGAUGAAGGAGACCGGGUUCUGGGGCGGGUCGGUGGAGAUCCAAGCCUUCUGCCAGGCUUACCAGAGGGAUGUCUACGUCUAUACAGACCAGGGCAUCACUCCCUUCACCAGCCAUGGUAGCCUGGAAGGCAGGGAGAACCAGCCGGUGCACAUUGCCUAUCACAACUUCCAGCACUAUUCAUCAGUGCGGACAGACUUCAUCCGGACCAUGCAGUCACUCCGGGAUGCCCCCGCGUCUGCCUCUACUACGCACGACGGCUGCUCGUCCCCCCAACCUCCCUCUCUCGUUGCAGGUGGUAGUGGUAGCAGCACCCUGACUACACCAGCCUCUACCCCUGCGUCCGUUUGUGCACCGGUCUCCGAACCCACCGACGCUGCUACUCGCUCUGCAGCCACUUCCGCUUCCACCGCCGCAGCUUCGGCCAGUCCCACGAAGCCGCCUCGCCGACGCCUGAUCAGGGGGAUCCGCCCAACCGCGCGGACUCUGCUACGGGCUUCAUCGUCCCGCUCAUCUUCACGCAACAGCACAGCCAGCAAACGAUCUGCUGGCCGCAGCGAUGACGAAGAAGAAGAUGGCCACGAUGAUGAGCUUCCCUUGAUCCGCCGUCGGCAAGGCCGGGACCGCAAACGCCGAAUCCUCCAGGACGUGACUCUCGGUAUCUCUAAUGCAGGUACAAGUACAGAUGAUGAAGACUGUCGGAUCAUCUCUGUCAGGCCGAGAGACGUAGCUGAGGAUGAUGGUGACAGUGGCGGAAAGGUGGACGAGUUCGCCUUGUCCGAAACCGCGGAAGGAGAAGAGGAAGAAGCACCAUCUUCGAAUGAAAGAGCAUCGACCGCUGGCGAGAGUGAUAGCGAGUUCGAAGGUGAUUAGCUUCUUCUUCUUGUGGGUUCAGUCACGACCUUGUCUCUCUUCUCUUCUCUUCUCUUCUCUUCUUUUCUCUUUUUUUUUUCCCCC